AAAGAAAAUCACACCUUUUUUAGUUUUUCUCCUAUGAAUGUGAGAAGUUUGAUAGCUGUAGCUUUACCAGUGCUAGAUAUAUUAUUUUUUUUAAUAUACAAAAUGGCGGCUUGCCGGUAAACGAAUCAGUAAAUUUCUCAACCUAUGUUUAUACAACAUUUUUUGUUUGACAGACAACUGUGUAAGAGUGUGUUCAAUUUAUAGGCUGUUUAUUUAUACUAGCAUGCGUGAAUAUGAAAUCCUGCAAACAUGACAGUUCCAUCACUCGGGAACAUUUCUCCGGAGCUGGAUAUCUUCAAAAUAGAAUUAGCCCUCUCAUUCUUCAACAGGGAGACUAUUAUCACAGAAGAAAUUGUUGAAGAUGUUGAACUAUACUUGGAAAAAGAAAAUGUUAUUCUAGCUGCUGAAGUUAUUUUUCGUUUGCGAUGCUUAAAUCUGCAUCCAGGGGUGUUAAGUCAAGACAGAAAAACAGAAAAUAUCAACUCAACGAAUAACACUCCUAAUCUGAAGCCUCUCUUUUGGCUUAUGAGUGUUUUGCCUCCACAAGAUGCCUCAGAUUGUAAGAGCAUCAUGGAUCAAGACAAGUAUAGAUGGAAGGUGUCUUUGAGUGAUGUCGCUAUGGUCUUUUCUCAACUGGGGUAA